GAGAGAGAGAGAGAGUAAUGAGCGAGGCAUUGAGGAGGGACUACAGCGUGUGUGAAGAGAUCGGGAGAGGACGAUACGGCGUCGUUUUCCGCUGCUUCUCCGCCGUCUCCGGAAAGUCAUUCGCCGUAAAGACCAUCGAUAAGCGUUUGAUCGCCGACGACUCAGUGGACAGGCAAUGCCUUUACAAUGAAGCCAAAGUCAUGCAUAUUCUCUCUCCUAACCCUCAUAUUCUCCAAAUCUUCGAUGUCUAUGAGGACGAAUCUCAUCUUCACAUUGUUCUCGAGCACUGUAACACUUCCGAUCUGUUUCAUCGGCUAGCUAACCGGACAGUUUUCUCUGAACCGGAAGCUCUCUCUGUGAUGGUACCACUGAUGGAGGCCAUUGCACACUGUCACCGCCGUGGCGUCGCUCACCGGGACAUCAAACCAGACAACAUCCUCUUCAACAACCGGAACCAACUAAAACUCGCCGAUUUCGGCUCUGCCGAGUGCUUCAGGGACGGAGAACUAAUGACCGGAAUCGUCGGAACACCAUAUUACGUUGCGCCGGAGGUGGUGGCGGGAAGAGAUUACAAUGAGAAGGUGGAUGUGUGGAGUGCCGGGGUGGUUUUGUACAUAAUGCUGGCCGGAUUUCCCCCUUUUUACGGCGAUUCCGCCACGGAGAUCUUCGAGACGGUUUCGCGAGCGAAUCUUAGGUUUCCGGCUAGUGUUUUCCAGUCGGUGUCGCCGGCCACUAAAGAUUUGUUGAGAAGGAUGCUCUGUAAAGAUGUUUCCAGAAGAUUCACCGCCGACACAGUUCUGAGGCAUCCAUGGAUGACUGGAGGUGGAGGAGACCCAAAAUAAGUGGCUGUUCUAGCCUGAAAAAAAUCUAAUCUAAAUGUAAAAAGGCAUGUCUAUACUGUAUAGGCAUUUAUAUGCAGAUCUUCCAAGUUCCAAGUAGUUCUACCUUGUGCAGGGGAUGGUUUUCUAGAUUUUUUUUUUUUGGUAAGCCUAGUUUAGUUUUUUCCUAGCUUUCGCUCAGUGUAAAGAACAAGGAAAUUUGAAUCUAUUGGGAGUUUGAGUUUUCUUUGUGUUAAUUUUUGUUUUUGGAUGUAAU